AUGGAAUGUCAGGACUCGAUAGCACCGUUGGAACCACGAGCUCCAAAAGUAUCUCAAGUUGGUAAGUUGAAGGAUCAUCGAGGUCACUCGCAGACGCGAGUGAUAGGGCCGGCGUCCGAAAAAUUUUGUUACCUGCGACCCGAGCAGCUAUGCGGUGAGGUGCCGUUGGAAACUUCCCCCAACAACCUCUUUACUGGCACCAAUGUUGAUGUCUUGGAUGCAACUGUGACACAGCGCUAUGAAACAAAUGAUCCCUGCACCCACUGUGCUGCUCAGGGUCUGGAUAUCAAUGCGCGGGAUGCCCGUACGAAUGCUGACGUCAGUGGACAAGGUGAGGGAGUGCACUCUAAUUUUCAUUCCAAUCUGCGGGCAGCCUGUGAGUUUCCUUACUCCUUGAAGUGUUUACUUGCGGAGUCAAUCGCCUGGACCAACAAAAGCAGUCCUCUUCUGCCUCUUAAGUUGGCCGAACUCUGUUCAAUCAAAAUUCCGGGUGCUCGAGUUGUGCUUCGGCUGAAUGAUCACCUGAUAGAACAAGAGGACAAGCGUAGCUGGGUGUUGUUGAUUGAGGGACAAACACUGGAAACGGUUGCGUCAUUACUUCGUCAAAUUGAAGGACAUUUUGCGAACUCUACCGAUGUGAUUGUCCAGACCGUGGAAGAAAAUUGA